GCCAUGCAUGCGGUUAAUUGCCGUGUGGCAUGUGCCGGACCCGCGAAAAUCGUCCGUGCGUGUGAAAGUAGCCUCAUGUUACAGCGUUAAUUCUUAUCGGCAACCUAAAACUUUCGUAAUUGGAAGCUUUUAUUCGAGAAUGAGUAUUCAAAUAUUAAUAAGGAAACUUCAUUUAGACUUUGGAUCAUCAGAGAAAAUAAAGUGAACGAAACAGAAAAUAGAGACCCAUGAAAGCAAUCAUCAUCAUCAUCCGGACAGGAAGUGCCGAUGCCAAGGCAACAAACACUUCCUGCCCCUGGACCGACAGCCACACGAAACAAAACCAUGAACUGACGCAGACAGCAGUGACAGGGUGACAGGAGUGGCGGGAUACUCAGGAAUGUCGCUCCUGUAGGUGGUGCACACAUGUGGUGAUGAUAUGGAAAUGUGUUGCGUUUCCUAAUAAGGAUGGAUUCUGGUUGUGUGUCCCUGCUGGUGCCCAAACAACUGCAGGGCCACCAAGACGCCUUCCUCAGAGGGACCUUCGCUUCCUCAGCAAGUGCCGAACAGAACAGAACAGCGUAUGUCAUUGUGGUCACUUGGACAGAUGUUUCAAGUGAUGCCAGUGUGGGUUGCAUCAGGAAUGAACCAAACAUGAGGUCUGGCCCUUGUGCCAGCAGUGUUUGGGUUGUUCUAAGGACACACAGCCACAUAUCCCUCACCUCCCUCGAGAUCCUUGGCCAGCGUGUCCCUCUCAGUGAAGUGAAUCUGGUGUUCUACGACUCAAAUGAAAUCUGUCAGUCAGAGCUGAUCAGCCGAAAGUAUCCAUACGUGAAGGAGAAGGACCAUGCUAAUGAUGUGGUGCCGUACUUCAUCCACUGUGUGCAGAGUGAUGCCAAAGAGCAAUACCCAAAGAGGAGAAGUGAACCACUCUUGUUGCUGCUCUGGACAGUAGUGAGGCUGUUCCUUGCAGUGUCAUGGAUGCCCAAGGUUCUCUUUGAGGCCCUCCACUCUUUUCUCAAGAAUCGUCUUGAUUAUUCCAGCAGUUUCCUGAAGCAAAUCCUCCUCCGUAUCUGUCAAAUCAAAAAGAUCCAGGAUGAUAUCAGAGCUGGCAAAAGUAGUCUUCUGUGUGGUCGGCUGCUCACCAUGAUUGCUAUUGAUGUCCUGGCAGGAGUGUGUGUGGCCUGCAUCAUCAGCAGCUAUGCCUCUGUGGGAGACAUGUACUCCUCCUUCUGUAGCUGGACAAAGUUACUGGCAGCCACUGUGCACCGCCUGCUGGACUGGCUGAGUGGUGCUCCAGCUGGCCUCAAGCUCAAUCAGCCCCUCACACAGGCUCUCUCUGCGUUCUUCUCUUACCACGUCCACCUCUGGAUACUCUACCUCGAGCUGGCAGACCCCGUGCUGCGUGGUGUGGCGUGGGUGCUGGUGUGGGUGGGCAUGUGUGGCGCUUCAGUGCAGGUCGCCAUCCUCUCUGACCUACUGGAUCUGGCCACCCUUCAUCUUCACUGCUUCUACAUUUAUGGGGCCAGACUCUACAACCUACAGACAUCUCUGCUGGGAUCCCAGUGGCGAGCAUUUCGUGGCCGCAAGUGGAACCCCCUGAAGCAGCGUGUGGACACUUACGAUGCAGGCGGCGCCAUCUCCCUGCGGCGGGUGCUGACAGCUGUGGUGUUCACCUUGGUGGUCUUCCUGCUGCCCACCACCACCAUAUACUAUUUAGUGUUUGUCGUGCUGAGGGUGAGCCUGAAGUUGGUACGUGGGUUGUUGGCAGGCAUUGUGUGGGUCCUCAAUAUCAACCCACUGUAUCUCAUUUUUCUCAACAUUAGUGGCUCCAACAGAGUGAAGGGUGACAUCUACUUCUCAACACUGACAGACCAGCACCAGGGUGAGGCUGUCGAGGGGAAUUGUGAAGGACCUCUUCUUCUCAGUCUGUGCACUUGGCCCUCAUCCCUCAGCCACAUCCUGACUGACGCCAGUCCAAACACCUUCCCCUCUCGGCCAUCACCCAACUGGAGUUUCAUUUUAUCCAGCAUUAUGUUUGGGGAGCAUUUGUUAUGAAUUCUCAUAUGUGGCUGCUACAGGAAUCCCUGGUGCUGCCAUAUGUCUUUCCAGUUGUAGAUAAUUAAAAUCUUAUUCAAAAUUGACUUAUCAAUUUGUCAGAGUUGGAGAUUGUUGGAACAAGGGAGUCUCAUCAGGAAAUCAAGCAGCAGUUGGGGAUUGAACUGAGGACACUGCCCCUUGUCAGGUGGUAGUGGUGGCACUGCUGACUGUAACACCUUGGUACUCCUGCUGACAAGGGUGUGAAUGUUACAGAAGCUGAAGAGAGGCAUGUCAAGACACUGAGUCAAUACAAGAAGAGCUGUCUAACCAGGGGACAUUUCUUUUGCCUUUUUUUUAUUUUGAAUUUGAAGUGAAAGGUGUAGGUGUGUAAGAUGGAAGUUGUGCUCCUUAUACACCAACAAACAGGUUCCUUUUCAUGGGGUUUGACUGCCCUUCUCUGCAGUGCAACACAAAGGGAAACAUAGAUGGAGGUCAUAGUUGGGUGAGAGACAAGUCCACAGCACUCACUCAUGCUGCUGUGUAUGAAACCUCCCUCAGAGCAAUUGCUGUUUCAUUAAGCGUCCAGAACUUCUUCCUAUGACAUGUUGACAUUUUCUUUUUAUCUUGCCAUCUUUUCUGUAUUUUUUCCUUUUCUGAUAAUAGUCUCAUUCCUGUCUCAUCGUUUCUGAUGCGGAAUAUCAUGAUUCCUUUCUGUUUUGUAAUUGUGGUCGUACUUGUUAUUUUGUAUAUUAAACUGUUGAAUUUU